UUCAAUUGAUUCCAAACACAUGAAUAUACCAAACGAGGGUCUACCUCCAAGAUAUUUGGGAGAAAGCUUGAAUCUUUCAUCCCACUCAUUCAUUCAUCUCCACGCUCUCAGGCCUUCCCCUUUCUCUCUAUCACUCACAUAUGGAUUCUCACUGCUUGUCUUCUUCUCCCCCUCCCUCUUUCCGUCUCAAAACACAUCAGAAUCUCAUUCUAGUUCCUCCUGCAUCGGCAGUCGGUUUGAGAAGCCACAAACCAAGAAUUUGCUACAAGUUCAGCGUCAUGUAUGGAACUGUGGUUACUCAGCUUCCAGUUGCAAAUGGAGGCAAGAUCAGAAGAGAUGGAAUCUGACAACAAAGGGAAGCAAAAGCAAGGGUUCUAUAGAAACCAGUAGCGAUGACCCAAUUGUGGAGGGAGCAGUGGAGAAGAAAGGAACCAUUGCUGGGGCAGUUGCUCUAAUUAUUGGCACAAGUAUUGGUUCAGGCAUUCUUGCUCUCCCCAUGAAAGCUUCCCCUGCUGGUAUCGUUCCGAGCUCCAUAACCAUGAUACUAUGCUGGGGGUUUCUGUUAAUUCAGGCAUUCUUGCUUGUGGAGGUCAAUGUGGGUUUAAGGAGAAAGGAAGGUAAAAUGGAAGAUGGGAAUGAGCUGGAGAUUAUUUCGAUUAGGACUAUGGCUCAAGAUACAUUGGGAGACUUGGGUGGAAAUUUGGCCACCAUUACCUAUGUUUUCUUGGGCUAUACUUCCAUGGUUGCUUAUGCUUCCAAGUCUGGGGAGAUCCUGUUCCAUUUGCUGAAUCUCCCAGAAGCCAUUUCCGGCUGUGUUUUCACUGUUGUUUUCACAUUGCUGAUCUCCAUUGGCGGGGCUGCAACCACCGACCGAGUGAACCAAUGGCUCACUGCCUCCAUGAUUGGUUUGCUUCUUGCAAUUGAAGUGCUGUGUAUUGUGUUUGGGGGUUGGUCUGGAAUGAUUGAGGGAGGUGGGGAUUGGGGGAAAGUUUCAGACACAGUUCCUGUCAUGAUUUUCUCUCUAGUCUACCAUGAUCUUGCACCCGUUCUUUGUGCUUACUUGGGUGGUGAUCUUGCGAGAUUAAGGACUUCAAUUUUGAUUGGGAGCUUUGUUCCACUGCUGGCUUUACUUGUUUGGGAUGCAAUAGCACUUGGCCUUUCAGCUCAAGCUGAUCCAGCUGUUGACCCUAUUGAUUUACUUAUGAACGUGAGAUGGAGCGGAAUCCCCUUCAUGGUUCAGGCCUUCUCGUUGUUAGCAGUGGGAACAUCAUUGAUUGGUACCCUCCUUGGCUUCUCCGAGUUCUUCAAGGAGCAGCUUCGGAACCUCGCUUGGAAUAAAAUUUCAUCAUCCCAGGAUUCGCCGGAGAAAACAAUUGGGCUGAGAAGUUGGUGGGGAAGAAAUAGAACUAGCUUGACAGCAAUGACAAUGGCAGUAGCUCCCACGCUUGUUGUCUCAGCAGCAGUUCCUGAUGCAUUCUCUGCUGCUACUGAUAUUGCAGGAGGCUACUGCAUGGUCAUGUUGUAUGGAGUUCUUCCGCCGGCAAUGGCAUGGUCAGUACAUGUACAGAAGGGGAUGACAGCAACAACGAGAGUCGUACUUCUUGGUGCCGGCACCUGUGCUUGUGGGAUAGUGAUGGAUCAGUUCUUGCAGGAUUUCUCUGGCUUAUGGCAUAACUAACGCUAUGCUACUGACUACAGAGUUGAUUUAGAAAGACUGAUGCAGUCAGCUACAACAGUUUAUUUCCAGAUCAUGUAUAUAAUGUAGAAAGUAACUGUGAUAUCAGAUUUGACCCCCACGGAGAAGCCUCAUCUACAUAAUUAUCAUAAAUAAUUUGCAUGUCAAAAUAAACACCACAUCACAACUCCCAGUAUCUUGCCCUCAGAAUGUUACACAUCAGAAAGGUCCUGGAACAGAAUCAGGCCAACCAGGCAUCAAUCAAAAUCUAAUUCUCAAAGGUGGCAGCAUACCUCAGAAGCAUGUCUACAACAUCAUGGGAGAUUCUGGCAGACUCUGUCUUCAGGAAGUGAUGCUAGUCAGAAUUUCUUGUGCACGACUGUACAUGGCAAGCAAGUUAUUUCAUGGUGAGUUACCACCUCUGCCAGCAUUCUCUGGAAUUCAGCAGCUACAUGCUUGGCUUGUUUCAGCCCAACAAGCCCCAACCUUGCAAACUCACAAGUCAGAAUCUAGGAUAACUGACAGGACUAUAUGAGACUUCACCUCUGUGGUGGUGAUCAUGAGACAUAGCCAGACAAAAGUUCACCAUUGGGAAAUAUGUAUGUACAUUUCCGUCCUGUCAAGAAAUGAGAUAGACAAUACAGAAAUUGGCAAUUCCCUCUGAA